AUGCAUGCCAUAAUGGACCGCUGCUCCUUGUCCAGGAUCACAGCUGCUGAGAUUGAAGUGGUACAGGAAUACACAGAGAUUAUGGAGCCACUAGCCCAGUCCCUAGAUAUCCUGCAACAGGAGAACGGCAUGUUCAUGGGGAAUUUGCUACCAACGCUCUGCAAUCUGGACCGCAAGUUAGAAGGACUGGAAAACAAACCUGAGAAGUACACAUACUGUUUUCAGCUGCUGAGAGGUGUGCGCGAAGCCCUAAGAAAGCGGUUUGCAGCUAUCUGGGAGGACAAGAGGUUUCUUCUGGCAGCCUGCCUACACCCUCGCUUCAAACUAGAUUGGCUGGAAUCGUGUCAGGCCACCACCCAUACCAACAAAUACACAAUGGAAGCCUUGCUGAAAGCUGAAAUAAAGAUGGGUGUACUUAAUGAGGACAGUGAUCAGUCUUCAGAUAAAGACCAGGAAGGAGAUGACUUAGAAUAUGACUUCUUUAACUUUCUGCCCCAGGGCAAGAAGUCAGCAGUGGACACUGCUGAGGAGGAACUGGUGAGGUACCUGAGGUCUCCCAGCAGGGAAGUGUCAUCACUCCAUGGCUUUCCACGUGUGCUGCAGUGUUUUUUGCAGCACAACACAGGCAUGCCUUCAAGCGCCGCAGUAGAACGCCUGUUCAGUACUGGUGGCAACAUAAUGACUGUAAAAAGACAUUCCUUGUCUGACAUGCUCUUUGAGCAUCUUGUUCUUUUGAGACAUAACAGAAACAUAUUAUAAAAGCAUUUCAAGUGUAAAAUUUGAUUUCAAGAGUUGGGGUAUCUUCAUUGC